AUGGCUCCGGGAACCCCGGCCGGGCGCCCACCUCGCCUCACCUCACCACGCCCUGCCGCUCCCCCACCGCCGCCCCUCGGCUCCCACAGCCGAGCCCGCACUGCCUCUCGCCGCGCAGGGGCGGGGACUCCAAACCGGAAGCUGUCAGCGCGCGCCGGCCCGCCGCCCCGGGGAGCUGCGCCUGCGCGGGCCGACCCAGGCGCCCCCGGGGGGGCGGGGCGGGGCGGGGCGGGCGAGGUCCGAGUCACGUGGCCGGCGGCGGCCGCCGGGGGAGCCCGCGUCGACGUGGAGGCUGCGCGCCUGCACCCGGGAACGAGCCCUGCUCGUGGUUCUGGCUCUGAGCCACGGGUGACCUCAUGGGACGUCGUGCACGCCAGCCCUGGAGUCGUUUGGCACGAUCCUGCUGUUCCGGAGAAGGAGCCCCGUUACGGCGUCGCGCAAGCAUCGGAGUUGGCAGCGGAGACGUCCUCGUCUGGAGGUCAGCUCCGGGCGGACCGACUCCCACCUGCUCCCGCUGUGGAUCCCCGUAGUACUCUGCUCGCCCGCUGUAGUACGCGGCGUGCGGCGGUGUCUUCAAGUCUUCGACGCUCAGUUGGCCUUUCAUUCAUGCCGACGUUCAUGCCUCCAUUCAGCAACUGCGGGUCGCUGGUCUUUCCUGCGCCCGCCGCGCGAGGCGCUGAGUAUGAAGCAGAGAAUAAGAGAGACGAGGUACCUUGUUCCCACGGAGCCAGAAUGUCAGGACAGACAGGAUGUGACAUUAUGGCUAUAACUCCACCAAUUUCAGACAAAUGAAGAGACCUCAACUAUGGCUGAGCAUGAGGAUAGGAGCUUGGGUCUCUUUUGUUUUGUGAAGCCGCCGUGUCAUGCUUAAACAGCCACAUCUGGAUUUCUUUUACAUGAGAAAAUAAAUAUGUGUUUCAGCUACGUUAUUUUGGGUUUUCUGUUAUUGUAGCAGAACCUAAUUUUGACACAGUACGACCUAAAUAACC